AUGUCAAUCUUUGACGACGAUAUGGAAGACGACAUUGAUCACGUCGACGGUCACUUGGCCAAUGUGCAUUUGCAAACUCCUGAACGCCCACAAUAUCAUAAGAAAUUCAUACCGGCAUCGCGAGAAGACGAUCAAGUUUUCUUGUUGAGACUAUUUUACCAACGAUUCUUUCCUUAUAAAACCUAUUUUAACUGGCUCAAUUAUGGACUAGAUAUAAGCAACAACUUUACACACCGAGAAUUCAGUUUUACGUUACCGUCCGACAUCUAUAUCCGUUACAACUCGUUUGCUAAUAUCGAUGCAAUGAAGAAGGAGAUCGAACGUUUGCAACCUAUUAAGAUUGACAUUGGUGCAGUGUAUACAGUAAAGCCAAAGGACAAGAAGACCGUGAAUGAGAAAGUGUUUCGACCGCUGGAAAAAGAACUGGUAUUUGAUAUCGAUAUGACCGAUUAUGAUGAAAUUCGAACAUGCUGCAGUGGUGGGGAUAUAUGUCACAAGUGCUGGGAAUUUAUGACUAUUGCCAUCAAAGUGAUCGACGUAUCACUACGCGAGGACUUUGGUUUUAAGCACUUGCUUUGGGUAUACUCGGGUCGUCGCGGUGUGCAUUGCUGGGUCUCCGAUGAACGCGCGCGGAAACUAGACAACGAGAGCCGAAAAGCUAUUGUUGGCUUUUUGGAGAUCAUCAAGGGGGGUGCAGAUACAGCACGAAAAGUCAAACUACCAUCCACUUUACAUCCUUCACUUGCCCGAUCAUUGGAAAUUGUCAAGCCAUACUUUGGAUCACUGGUAUUGGAUACACAAGGAGCAUUGGAUACACCGGAAAGCUGGAAAAAGGUGCUGGACUUCUUACCCGAUGCAGAUAUAAGGGAAGAGCUCGACACAAUGUGGAACAGCGCACCGUCACGACGAGGUCACGAUAAAUGGAGUGAUCUGAGAAAAGAACUUGAGCGCAAAAAGAAAUUGGAUCGAGAUGUUCUUGCAAGAGACCUAAUUUUCCAGUACACUUAUCCACGACUCGAUGACAAAGUCUCAGUACAAAUCAACCAUUUGCUGAAGAGUCCUUUCUGUGUACAUCCAAAAACUCAGCGUGUAUGUGUUCCGAUCAAGCCAGAAAUCUGUGAAAAGUUUGAUCCAUUAGCAGUACCGACACUCAGUCAGCUUUCUCAAGAGCUCAAUGCGUAUGAUGCAAAGGAACAUGGUGACAUGGACCGUAAAAUACCAGCGUUAGACUACAAGAAAACGUCGCUACGCCCAUAUAUUGAGACGUUCGAGAAGUUCGUCAAUAGCCUAAUUAUUGAAAAACAAAGAGAGAAAAGAGGUAAUAAACAAAUAAGGAUUACUUACUUGCAUUCAAUUCACUAA